AUGAUUUUAUUGAUUUUUAGGUGGCGAGGAAGUAUAUACAAGUUAGUGUGGCCCGAUUUGGCUGCAUUCCUUGUUUGUUAUUAUACACUAAAUUUGACUUAUCGUUUUGUAUUGAAUCCACAACAAAAACGAAUAUUUGAAAGCAUAUCGGAUUAUUGUGAAACAUACAGCGACUUGAUACCGUUGUCUUUUGUGCUGGGAUUUUAUAUAUCCAUAAUAAUGCAACGGUGGUGGGACCAAUACUGUUCGAUUCCAUGGCCUGAUCCAAUAGCAGUUUACGUGAGUUCGCAUAUUCACGGACAGGACGAAAGAGGGAGAUUGAUGAGACGAACGAUCAUGCGGUAUGUCUGUUUGGGUCUGACAAUGGUAUUCUCUAACAUCAGCCCUAGAGUAAAGAAGCGCUUUCCUACGCUGGAUCAUUUUGUUGAAGCGGGUUUAUUGUUGGAAAACGAAAAAACUAUCGUAUUGGAUUUAAACGACAAGUUUCCCAGACACUCUAAACACUGGUUGCCAGUCGUGUGGGCGACGAGCAUAGUUACUCGGGCGAGGAAAGAAGGACGGAUCCGCGACGAUUUCGCAGUAAAAACGAUUAUUGACGAGUUGAACACAUUUCGCGGUCAGUGCGGUUUGUUACUCAAUUACGAUUCAAUAAGCGUGCCACUAGUUUAUACGCAGGUUGUAACAUUGGCCGUGUAUUCAUUUUUCAUCACAACUGUAAUGGGGCGACAAUGGCUGGAUAAACCAGUAAUGCCAUUGGCAAAUCUUAAGCACCAAACGGAAUCAAAUUCGGCGAACUACAACUAUAUCGAUCUGUAUUUUCCGGUAUUUACUACUUUACAGUUUUUCUUUUACAUGGGAUGGCUGAAAGUGGCCGAAUCGUUGAUAAAUCCAUUUGGAGAGGACGAUGACGAUUUUGAAGUCAAUUGGAUCAUUGAUCGUAAUGUCCAAGUCUCGUAUCUAAUAGUUGACGAAAUGCAUCACGAACAUCCGGAGUUGAUCAGAGAUCAGUAUUGGGAUCAAGUGUUCCCGACGGAAUUGCCAUACACUGUAGCUGCCGGAGAACGUGAACGGCACCCUGAGCCAUCGACAGCUAAUAUAGCUGUGUCAGAUGCAGACGCCGAAUACUCACUGCCRCCAAAGGGCUGCGACGACGGACAAGCCAUAGACGAUGACGACGCGAACAGUGGCAUACACUUCAUUGCCACAGCGGGCAGCUACAAGAGAUCUAACAGUCAGCUGCGGGGCCGUCCCAUGUCGUCGCACAGUUCCAACGAYCACCACCACCAUCCCAACAACCAGAGCGUGGCUAGCUCUCUAAACCGUGUCGGUUCGGUUACGUCCAUAUUGAAAAAUCUGUUCAAACGCACCGGUGGUACCUCCGCACAGUUGGCUGGCGACGGUUAGUGGCGUUUUAUUUUUGCMUAGAGACUGGGCGUCUCUAUGAAACAGAGUUCGGGAGGAAAGCAGGCUGAACGGACACAACAAGAACUAGGAAGGCGGACAGAUAGGUGUCUUAAACACAAUCGAUUGCCAUUAUUUAAGGGUUGAGCACCUAAUUUUAGAAGUUAUUGACAUGUGCGGGGAAGCCCUCGGUUUUUUUUUUUUGUUUACACAUUUGUAAAUCAGUUAAGUUACCUUACUAAUUAACUCAUACGCGCGAUUAAAAAAUUGCCUAUAUUUAACACCUUCAAAAAGUCUGUAUC